AUGAACCUCUCAGACGGCAGCAUAGACGCCCUUGAACGCCGGCGUCUGGAGCUCGAGGUGAAUAUCCGUGAGCUUCAAGAAUCACUGUAUCACUGGCGGACAUGGGAAGCCGAAUACGAUGGGCUGAAGGAAGAGAUCGACACGCUCAGCGACGACGCCACCGCCGACGAUUUCCUCAGCGCUGGGCGAGACUUCGGAGGCUCGCUUGUCAACGAGAAAGAGGUGUUUGCCCUACUGGGCGAGAAGAAGGGAGUCAUACGCUCGAGGCAACAGGUUGUGGAUAUCAUAUCUCGGCGGAUCGACUACGUGAGACAGAAUGUCGCGACAAUGGAGAAGAGGUUGCAGAGCGCGGGGGACGAGCUAGAUGCGCUAGAUGAAGGGAGCAUAGCACGCCUUGCCUCUACGGAUAUGGAGAAGGAUUUCCCAGUCACGGAGAUCAUGGAAGAAUUGGAUGAAGAGGGCCAUGUUAUCUCCAGUUCGGUAUCUACACCAGGGGACAAGGCUCCAGAAUUGCUGGACGUGCUUAAGAAAGCAGGUGUUAAGGAUAUCCCGGAUCUUCCAGGGAAGGAGAAUGCAAAGUCUGAGUUGAUAGAGGAUGGUGUGGAACAAGAGGAUAAAGAAGUUGAAUCUGGCCACAGCGGUUUUGACGAACGUGAGAACCAGGAGCAGCGUCCUGCUUCCCAGGCAAACGGUGUCUCGGAAACACAACCUGAAAUCACUGCUACUCAAAAUGUGGAUGGUGAAUUGAAUGGUACAGCAGUUGUGGACAUUGACGAGUCACCGGAAGAUGCAAAGCUGCGCCGAGAAAUGCUGCAGUACGGUUUGAACGAAGUUGGCGCAGUGGUGGCUGAACUGGAAUUGGACGAAGAUGGGAGUGAAUUUUCGGUUGAUGAUGAUUACGAAUAUGACGACUACGUUUCCGAAGAGGAUGAGGAGGAAGACGAGUACGGAAGGACCACCGGCCGGGUCUUGUCGGAUGAAUAUCAUCAGCAAAUGCGUGCGCUAGAGAAUAAGCUGAACGCUCGCGGCAUGUGGAACGUGGGCAAAGAUGCCGGCGUACUUCCAAACGAUGUUCGGCAAGAACUUGAAGAGCCACAUGUGGUCAAGGUCGAACAAACUACCGAGAAUUCGCCAGAAGAGGUCCUCCGUGAGAAGCCGAAGAAAAAGGUUACCUUCUCUAAUGAGCUUGACAUCGCCCCGAACACAAAGCUGUCCGCACCCGAGAAGAAGGACAAGAGUGUGCCUGUUCGACAAUCGGAUGUCCCUGUGCUAUCUGACGCGAUUGUCGAACGCACAGAACGUGUUUCUGAAAGCAGUGGCCAUUCGGAUGACAAGGCACCUCCUAAAAAGGUCUCUCGUUUCAAGAGUGCCAGACAAACGGUACCGCCGGCUACUCAGGAAGUCGCAACAUCAUCUACAGAUUCAUCCGUCUCCAGCAACCCGAAGACUUCCACGUUCCGCUCUUCCUUGCACCAGGAAGACGACUCUUCGUUACCGUCUUCCUUGCCUAUCUUUCCUGCUAGACCGAAGGAGCCCAAGCCCUUUUCACAGCCAAUUCGGGACAUCAUCCCGGAUACGAUUCCUUCUGGGUCCGAGAUCCGGCCUCCGGAAGGCAAGACUUUGGCCGACACACUGGUUGAACGAGACGUUAAGCAAGGUUCUGCUGUUGCUCCCGAACCAGAUGAGCUGGAUGAAAAGCUGCACAGGCAGCAGAUUGCCACAGAGUUUUAUGACAUGCGAAACCGCAUGAUCUACCGAAAUGGGGGAUUUGUGAACGACGACGAGCCAGAGACCCAACCCAUCGAGGAGCCCCCUAAGCGGAUGAGCAAAUUCAAAGCCGCUAGAGUCAGGUAA